CAAGCCGCUGUCAACAGUGGACCUUUCAAGGGGAUAUUUACAUGUCGAAGACAAGGGUGUGGGAUAACAUGGGAUGGAAACAACAUUUUGCCAAACUCAAAACAACUUUGCAGCUGCGGAGGGUGGAUCUAUCAACCACGGAUUUACUGGACGCCUUACCAAGGAAACAGGCAGUGCUUUGGAACAUUUUACUGUAAAAACUGUGGCAACAUAUGGACGAGUAUCAAAAGCUGGGCUAACGCACACCAACAGUGCUUGAAUUGUGACCAGUAUGUCUACCCACAUAUGCAGAGGCGCUUACGAGUAGCUGAAAAACCUUGUAGCACGUCUGAUGAGCAAGACUUCCCUGAAGAGGAUGAGGAUGAGUUUGAUGCAUCAGAUUCAGAUGAGGAGGAGAAGAAUAAUCAAUCUAAAAAAAAGAAACGCAGACGUCAACGUAAAAAAGGAAAGGAACGAAGACGUCAAGAGGAAGAGGACUGCAGACAUCAACGUCAAGAAGAAGAAGAGAAACGCCAACGCCAAGAACGUCAACGCCAAGAAGAAGAACACAGACGUCAAGAACGUCAACGCCAAGAAGAAGAAGAACACAGACUUCAAAAACAUCGACGUCAAGAAGAAGAGAAACAUAGACGUAAAGAACAUCAACGCAAAGAAGAAGAGGAACACAGACGUCAACGUCAAGAAGAAGAAGACGAACGCAGAUGCCAAGAACAUCAACGUCAAGAAGAAGAGGAACACAGACGCCAAGAACGUCAACGCCAAGAAGAAGAAGAACACAGACUUCAAAAACAUCGACGCCAAAAAGAAGAGGAACAUAGACGUAAAGAACGUCAACGCAAAGAAGAAGAGGAACACAGACGUCAACGUCAAGAAGAAGAAGAGAAACUCAGACGCCAAGAACGUCAACGCCAAGAACAUCAACGUCAAGAAGAAGAGGAACUCAGUUGCAAAGAACUUCAACGUCAAGAAUUAGAGGCACUCAGAUGCCAAGAACUUCAACGUCAAGAUGAAGAGAAACUCAGAUGCAAAGAACUUCAACGUCAAAAAGAAGGGGAACUCAGAUGCAAAGAACUUCAACGUCAAGAAAAAGAGGAACUCAGAUGCCACGAACUUCAACGUGCAGAAGAAGAGAAACUCAGGUGCCAAGAACUUCAACAUCAAAAAGAAGAGGAACUCAGAUGCCAUGAACUUCAACGUCAAGCAGAAGAGGAACUCAGAUGCCAACAACUUCAAUGCCAAGAAGAAGAGGAAUGCAGAAGCCAAGAACUUCAAUGCCAAAAGAGGAACACAGUUACCAAGGACGUCAACGCCAAGAAGAAGAGGAAAGCAGAAGCCAAAAACUUCAACGCCAGAAAAAAGAGGAAUGCAGAAGCCAAGAACUUCAACGCCAAGAAGAUGAGGAACGCAGCAGCCAAGAACUUCAAGACCAAGAAGAUGAGGAACGCAGAAGCCAAGAACUUCAAUGCCAAGAAGAUGAGGAUCGCAGAAGACAAGAACUUCAAUGCCAAGAAGACGAGGAAUGCAGAAUCCAAGAACUUCAACUCCAAGAAGAUGAAGAAUGCAGAAGCCAAGAACUUCAAGCCCAAGAAGAUGGGGAAUACAGAAGCCAAGAACUUCAAUGCCCAGAAUAUGAGGAAUGCAGAAGCCAAGAACUUCAAAACCGAGAAGAUGAGGAACAUGAGGAACGCAGAAGCCAAGAAGAUGAGGAACGCAGAAGAAAAGAACUUCAAAACCAAGAAGAUGAGGAACGCAAAAGCCAAGAACUUCAAUACCAAGAAAAUAAGGAACGCAGAAGCCAAGAACUUCAACUCCAAGAAGAUGAAGAAUGCAGAAGCGAAGAACUACAACCCCAAGAAGAUGGGGAAUGCAGAAGCCAAGAACUUCAAUGCCAAGAAGAUGAGGAACGCAGAACCAAAGAACUUCAAUAAGAUGAGGAACGCAGAAGCCAAGAACUUCAACUCCAAGAAGCUGAGGAACGCAGAAGACAAGAACUUCAACUCCAAGAAGCUGAGGAACGCAGAAGACAAGAACUUCAACGCCAAGAAGAUGAGGAACGCAGAAGCCAAGAACUUCAACGCCAAGAAGAUGAGGAACGCAGAAGACAAGAACUUCAACGUCAAGAAGAUGAGGAACGCAGAUGCCAAGAACUUCAACGCCAAGAAGAUGAGGAACGCAGAAGACAAGAACUUCAAUGGCAAGAAGAUGAGGAACGCAGAAGCCAAGAACUUCAACACCAAGAAGAUGAGGAACGCAGAAGACAAGAACUUCAACGCCAAGAAGAUGAGGAACGCAGAAGACAAGAACUUCAACGCCAAGAACAUGAGGAACGCAGAUGCCAAGAACUUCAACGCCAAGAAGAUGAGGAACGCAGAUGCCAAGAACUUCAACGCCAAGAAGAUGAGAAACGCAGCAGCCAAGAACUUCAACGUCAAGAAGAUGAGGAACGCAGAUGCCAAGAACUUCAACGCCAAGAAGAUGAGGAACGCAGAAGCCAAGAACUUCAACAUCAAGAAGAUGAGGAACGCAGAAGACAAGAACUUCAACGCCAAGAAGAUGAGGAAGGCAGAAUCCAAGAACUUCAACGAACGCAGAAGCCAAGAACUUCAAAACCUAGAAGAUGAGGAACACAGAAGCCAAGAACUUCAACUCCAAGAAGAUGAGGAAUGCAGAAGCCAAGAACUUCAAUACCAAGAAGCUGAGGAACGCAGAAGCCAAGAACUUCAAAACCUAGAAGAUGAGGAACGCAGAAGCCAAAUACUUCAAAGCCGAGAAGAUGAGGAAUGCAGAAGCCAAGAACUUCAAUACCAAGAAGCUGAGGAGCGCAGAAGCCAAGAACUUCAAAACCUAGAAGAUGAGGAACGCAGAAGCCAAAUACUUCAAAGCCGAGAAGAUGAGGAAUGCAGAAGCCAAGAACUUCAAUACCCAGAAGAUGAGGAACUCAGAAGCCAAGAACUUCAAUAUCAAGAAGAUGAGGAACGCAGAAGCCAAGAACUUCAAAACCUAGAAGAUGAGGAACGCAGAAGCCAAGAACUUCAACGCCAAGAAGAUGAGGAAUGCAGAAGCCAAGAAAUUCAUGGCCAAGAAGAUGAGGAAUGCAGAAGCCAGGAACUUCAUUACCAAGAAGAUGAGGAACGCAGAAGCCAAGAACUUCAAUACCAAGAACAUGAGGAACGCAGAAGCCAAGAACUUCAACUCCAAGAAGAAGAGGAAUGCGGGGGCCAAGAACUUCAAUACAUUGAAGAUGAGGAAUGCAGAAGUCAAGAACUUCAACGUCAAGAAGCUGAGGAAUGCAGAAGACAAGAACUUCAACUCCAAGAAGCUGAGGAACGCAGAAGCCAAGAACUUCAACGCCAAGAAGAUGAGGAACGCAGAAGAGAAGAACUUCAACACCAAGAAGAUGAGGAACGCAGAUGCCAAGAACUUCAACGCCAAGAAGAUGAGGAACAAGCCAAGAACUUCAACAUCAAGAAGAUGAGGAACGCAGAAGACAAGAACUUCAACGCCAAGAAAAAGAGGAAUGCAGGGGCCAAGAACUUCAAGACAUUGAAAAUGAGGAAUGCAGAAGUCAAGAACUUCAACGUCAAGAAGAUGAGGAAUGCAGAAGCCAAGAACUUCAUCACCAAGAAGAUGAAAAACACAGAAGCCAAGAACUUCAACUCCAAGGAGAUGAGGAACAUGAGGAACGCAGAAGCCAAGAACUUCAACUCCAAGAAGAAGAGGAAUGCGGGGGCCAAGAACUUCAAUACAUUGAAGAUGAGGAAUGCAGAAGUCAAGAACUUCAACGUCAAGAAGAUGAGGAAUGCAGAAGCCAAGAACUUCAACUCCAAGAAGAUGAGGAACGCAGAAGCCAAGAACUUCAACUCCAAGAAGAAGAGGAAUGCGGGGGCCAAGAACUUCAAUGCCGAGAAGAUGAGGAACGCAGAAGUCAAGAACUUCAACGUCAAGAAGAUGAGGAAUGCAGAAGCCAAGAACUUCAUCACCAAGAAGAUGAGAAACACAGAAGCCAAGAACUUCAACUCCAAGAAGAUGAGGAACGCAGAAGCCAAGAACUUCAAUACCAAGAAGCUGAGGAAUGCAGAAGCCAAGAACUCCAAUGCCAAGAUGAUGAUCAACGCAGAAGCCAGGAACUUCAACGUGAAGACGAUGAGGAAUGCAGAAGCCAAGAACUUCAACUCCGAGAAGAAGAGGAACGCAGAAGCCAAGAACUUCAAUACCAAGAAGCUGAGGAACGCAGGAGCCAAGAACUUCAACUCCAAGAAGAAGAGACACCCAGAAGCCAAGAACUUCAAUACCAGGAAGCUGAGGAAUGCAGAAGCCAAGAACUUCAACGCCAAGAAGAUGAGGAAAGCAGAAGCCAAGAACUUCAAUACCAAGAAGAAGGGGAACGCAAAAGCUCACAACUUCAACUACAAGAAGAUGAAGAAUGCAGAAGCCAAGAACUUCAAUGCCAAGAAGAUGAGGAACACAGAAGCCAAGAACUUCAACUCCAAGAACAUGUGGAAAGCAGAAGCCAAGAACUUCAAUACCAAGAAGAUGAAGAACGCAGAAGCCAAGAACUUCAACGCCAAGAAGAUGAGGAACGCAGAAUCCAAAAACUUCAAUACCAAGAAGAUGAGGAACGCAGAAUUCAAGAACUUCAACGCCGAGAAGAUGAGGAACACAGAAGCCAAGAACUUCAAGGCCAAGAAGAUGAGGAACGCAGAAGAGAAGAACUUCAACGCCAAGAAGGUGUGGAACACAGAAGACAAGAACUUCAACGUCAAGAAGAUGAGGAACGCAGAAGCCAAGAACUUCAAUACCAAGAAGAAGGGGAACGCAAAAGCCCAGAACUUCAACUACAAGAAGGUGAGGAACGCAGAAGACAAGAACUUCAACGCCAAGAAGAUGAGGAACGCAGAAGCCAAGAAGAUGAGGAACGCAGAUGCCAAGAACUUCAAGGCGAGGAAGAUGAGGAAUGCAGAUGCCAAGAACUUCAUUACCAAGAAGAUGAAGAAUGCAGUAGCCAAGAACUUCAAUACCAAGAAGAUGUAG